AUUAAGUGAACAACGUUUCGCUCAGCACGUUUUACAUAAAAACACCUCAUAUUUUACAUAAUCAGCCCGCAGUCCAUCACUAUCUCUUUCCUCCUGAGUCCGAGCGAGAUGGGGCCGCUAUGCAGACGACGCCGGGCGCGGCGGCGGCGAUCUCCGGCCAGAUCCGGUCGGGGAGGCGAGGCAGGGGCCAGAUCCUGUUCCGGGGACGGCGUGGAGGCGAUCUACGAGGCACAGGAGGAGGUCAGGCGGCGGGGCUUGAACUCCAGCAGGCCCCCUUUUGAUGGAUGGGGCCGCCCACAUCGCUAGCGACUCCUCGGAGGACGACAGGGCCUCCUCCUCCGCGUCCUCUACCGGUUCGGCCUCCUGGCGCUCCCGGCUGCACAAGUGGAUUCACCUGCGGGGGCGCCGGCGCCGGCGACCGUUGUCCGCUCGGAGAGGAGAGGGCGGUGAAGCCAACGGCAAGGGCGACGGUGACGACGUGCAGGACCUCGCGCUGCCGCUGGGGAGAUGUCCUUCGCGGCGGUUCUUGCCCAGGUUAUCAUAUGACAGAACGUCUGGGGUGAAAGCUAAGCUACUUCCAAUGGUCCCAAAUGAGAAGGCAAGAAGGUAUCAGCUGUAUGAGAAGACCCCCGCACAUGCCCAUUCCAUUCUCUAUGAAGUCAAAAGUUUCCCACUGAAUAUAUUUGGUACUAAAAUGAUCGUUAUGUCAGCACGACGAUCGUGUGCCUAUUGUUGGCUCUUAAUUCUUUAGGAUUAUUUGAUUUGUUUGAUUCAUUCUGUUCAUAUUUAUGCAGCAACAAAAUACAGUCAAGAUCAGGGUGUGUGAGGGUUAAACAUGUUAAUUUAUGUGGCAUCAAGCUAUGUAUGUUAAUAGCAUGAUCUACUUUUCUUUUGCUUUGCAGAAUUAUUCUCGACACUGGAGAUAUAUGCUAAUCCUCUAGCUUUGCUAAUUUUAUCUUUUGAUUUCAUUUCGGUG